AGGUAUAUUUUAAAAAGCUGUAUCUGCUUUUAUUGAUCGCCGGUCAUGUAGCAAGUUAUUUUGUAUUUCAUUCUUUUCUUCAAGAUAUACGUUACAUGUAUUUAUGAGCGAAACUGUUGUGCAAUAUUAUACGUUAAAGAACUAAAACUUGCUGAUGGUCCUUUAGUGGCAAAUACGCACAAAAGUCAACAGUACAUGUUUUGAACCCCUGAAUUAUGACCAUUAAAUGGUGUAUAGAAUAUUCCUAAGGUCCUUUACUGUGGCAGGCAUGGAACCACAGUAAACCAUAUUCAAGGGAUUAGUCAGUUUACAUACAUCUUAGAACAAACGUACAAUUUAUUUGAAUGUAUCUAUUCAUAUUUGUCCCAUUUAUUCUGUCUUGCAGUUUUUUACCUCCAAAAGGUUCAGGAGUAACACAGACAUCAGUUUUGGCCUCCUUUGUCCUGAAAUUCCUUUUUGUGGUUUUGCCAGAGGACUCACUAAUGUUAAGGGCCAGAUUCAUCAUAAUAUAAUCUAUAAAACAACACUGACUGUCGGGAAAAUACCUUUACUGCUGCCCACGACGGCCAUCUGUUUCUGUGUUAUCUAUUGUGAUGUUUACUCAUUCAAGUCCAUGCCGGACUACAGUCCGAUGUCAACUCUGUGUGCUAUAAACAAGGUAUUGUGCAGCAGUCUAAAGGGUUCCUGCAUAAAAAGUGCUGAGAAACAGAAAUGGCAGCAAUCUAGAAUAUUAUUUCAGAUAUUCUUGUCCCUACUUCUAUUUCACUUAUUUAUUUAUUUAUUUAUUUUUCUGUUGAUCCAAUAAUCAUAAUACGUUUGUUCAGAGGAACUCAAAGAGGAUGCUGUUGUUCUGGCGGUGUGAAAAAGAUCCGCUCUUUCAAUAACAUGUUUAUGUGAACAAUGAGAAGAAUUAUGAACUCGUUGAAUGAGAAAGAAGGGAAAUCUCCAUCAAAAAUAUCACUUCAAGUAAAACAGUAAACCAAUGCAUAGACCAAAUAUUUUAAUGUCAGCAGUGCUUUAAAAUGGACUUCAGGCUCAAUGUAAAUGACUGUGUGCUUACAAUUAUGUAAUUUAUCUUAAUGAACAUUUUAAAAAUGUUCUGUGGGGUUGAAUGUGUUGUUUUACAUUUAAAGCUUAUUUUAGCUGCUUAUUUCUGCGAGAUGCAACUUUAAAAACCUGCUUUAUCCUCAAAGAGGAUUCCCUUAUUAUCAAUAUGACUAAUAUCAUAACCGGUGCAUUCCCAUUGCCCGUUAAUGGUAUGCGGGGGGGUCGGGCCCCCCUCUCUGCAGCCCCGCCUCUGUGUGUGUGUGUGUGUGUGUGUGUGUGUGUGUGUGUGUGUGUGUGUGUGUUGUGAUUUGCUGGCGCGGAGUCGUGUGCGUUGUUUACGUCGUGGUGCCGCGCGGGCAGCUCCCACGUGCCUCCGCAUUCUGCCUGUCUGCUGUGGACCCCCCGCCGCGCAGAGAGAGGGGCCGACCGCCGUUUCCUCGCAGCGUUCAGGGCGGCGGGAGUCUGCGCAGGGACCGGAUCACCAGGCGACGUCUCCCCGCCUGUCCCCCCGCCGCGGCGAUGCGCGCUCGGAGCGGGUCUGCUUGGGUUUCUCGUGGGUGACGCACUGAGGGAAUUCGCGCUGUCUUUAUGUAUCGCCCCGAUUUGGAAACCCUCCGUCCCACCAGGAGACCCAUGAGCCGGUCUCCCGUUGCGCCGCUGUCACCAUCAUCAUCAUCAUGUCCCCUGCGGCAUCCGCCGCGACGGCCGGUGAGAGCAGCAGCACCGCGGUCCCCGAAGAGGAGCGGGACGGUCCCCGGGAGGAGCAGCGGCCCCAGAAGCAGUCCUUGACCAAGUCCUUGUGUCAGGAGACCCACUGGAAAUGCCUGCUUGUGUCCCUGCUGAUGUACGGCUGCGUCGGGGUCACGGCCUGGUGCCAGCUGACCAAGGUCACGCGCCUCUCCUUCGACAUCGCUUACAAGGGAAGGUCCAUGAUGUACCACGACAGUCCCUGCUCCCAGGGCUACAUCUACAUCCCUUUGGCCUUCCUGGUCAUGCUCUACGUGGUCUACCUGGUGGAGUGUUGGCACUGCUACACCCGGAAUGAGCUGCAGUGCAAGGUGGACGUCGGCAGCGUGACGGAGCGCAUCCAGCGGAUGCAGCAGGCGACGCCGUGCAUCUGGUGGAAGGCCAUUAGCUACCACUACAUUAGGAGGACGCGGCAGGUGACGCGCUACCGCAACGGGGACGCCUACACCACCACGCAGGUCUACCACGAGCGAGUCAACACCCACGUGGCCGAGGCGGAGUUUGAUUACGGGGACUGUGGGGUUAAGGACAUCGCAAAGUGCCUGUCGGGUCUCGAGGACUUCGCCAUCACCAAACUGAGGUUCACCAAAUGCUUCAGCUUUGCCAACGUGGAGUCGGAAAACUCUUACCUGAGCCAGCGGGCCAGGUUCUUCACGGAGAACGAGGGGCUGGAUGACUACAUGGAGGCACGCGAGGGGAUGCACCUGAAGGACGUCGACUUUAAGGAGCACAUGGUCGCCUUUUGUGAUCCCAACCGCCUUCCCUGGUACGCGGCCAACUCCUCCUUCUGGGUGGCGGCGGCCUUCACCGUCUCCUGGCCUCUGCGGGUGCUGACGGAGUACCACACCGCCUGUGUGCACUACCACGUGGAGAAGCUGUUCGGCUUUGACUACGUGCCGGUGAGCCCGUCUGAGGAGCGGCCGCGCUGCAGACGCGUCCCGCGGGUCAACACCAUCGACAGCACGGAGCUGGAGUGGCACAUCCGCUCCAACCAGCGGCUGGUGCCCAGCUACUCGGAGGCCGUCCUCAUGGACCGGACCCGGCUGUCGGGAAGCUGUAACAACUACUCGGCGUGUGGCGGCUACGGCGGCUACAGGCAGGACUGCCGGCGCUGCCACCGCGCCAUCAGCAUCUCCAUCUUCUCUCGCAGCGCCCUCAGCAUCUGCAACGCGGGGAGCCCCCGCGUCCCUUCAGCGCGCCGCUUCUCGCUGGGCGGCCUGUACGGGUCCGGGCGGAGCUGCCUGUGGCGGAGCGGCGGGAGCCUGAGCGAGCGGCCCUGCCCCCCCACGGAGAGCUCGCACCGUCUGUCGGGUGGGCCGCAGACAGGCGAGGAGGACCCGCCGGCCUACCGGGACGCUCUGUGCUUCCCGGUGCUCAUUGUACACCGCGACGAGGGCUGCCAGAACCACGACCACCGCUCGCUGCACCGAAACGGGUCCCGCGUGGAGACUCCUCUGUGACCCGCGGCUACGGGACAGCGCUCUGCAGAUACUGCAGCAAGCAACGGGAUAUCUGGGAGGGAGACUGUUGAUUGAACACUAUGCGGCUGUAAAAGACAGAAUUGACAAAAAGUGACGUAGUUUCCUCCAGCACCAAUAAGGGAAGAGUCAAGUUACCGAGUUACUGCCUCGCGUUUGUACUUCUCAGCCACGGACAAGCAGACGAGGGACACAUUCUCGUAUUUGGAGCCUAAUAUGUGUUUCGGACGUUAGAAAUUCCCACGAAAUGAAAUGAAUACGUCAGUUAACGGACGUCUGAAUGAGAAAUUAAGAUUAACGUUAUGAUAAGAAAGUGAUUCGCUCACACAUCAUUGAGAAUAAUGAGAGAAAAGCAGCAGUAUCAGACUCCAACAGAACACACGUUUUAUAGCCCAGUUCAUUAGAAUAUAAACAUCUACAUGUAUAAUAUUUGUUUACUGGCUGAUUAAAAUCUUUGCAUUCGAAGUCAAUGCCAAUGAAAAUCUAUUUAAGAAGGAAGCAUUUCCAUAGUUAGAAUAAUAAUCUGAGGCAGAUGAUGAAGUAUCAGCUUGGCUGCAGUGACAUUAUACUUCCUGGCUUUCUAAAUAUAGCGACACAGCCAGUGAAUAAUUUAGUACAAGAGAGCGAAGGACACAAGAACCUAAAACUGAAUCAAACUGUUACUUACUAUAAAUGACAGUUUGUAUGUUGCAAACUACAUGUAGUAAUAAACACCACCAUGGAAUUAAUA